UAUAAUGUCUAGCUCUAUAAAAAUCAGUCCCAAACAAGUUGGAGUAAUCAAUUCUAGAGAGAAAAUUUGAGCCCUGCUGUUGUUCUAUUCAUCACAGCAGCCAUGACUCUGAUAUCGUGCAUUAUAGUAGCAUUUAGUGGGCUUUUGGUUACAGAGGCAGACUACGUCAACAAUUACGACCAGCCUUUUGAUUUCCAAUGUCCUGCUGCUCAAAUCCUCAGCUACAUAUCAAGUGUCCAUCACAACGGAGCCGAAGACAGACGAUGGGAGUUUCUCUGCCGGACCGUUGGCAAGACGGACACUUGUAACUGGUCAGAUCACGUCAACGCUUUUGAAGAAAUGGUUGCCUUUUCCUGUCCUGAUGAGACCGUCAUGACCGGAGUAUCUAGUUACCAUGACAACCGCCCGGAAGACAGACGGUUCAAAUUUCAAUGUUGCAGGGUGGUGGAGAAACAAACCAGCGGCUGCUUCAUGACCAACUUCGUCAACGACUAUGACGAGAAACUUACCCUCGAUGUCCCUGAAGGCCACGCUGUGAAAGGUGCAUUUAGUUGUUAUCACAAUGGCGCGCAUGACAGAAGAUGGAAAUUUGAAAUCUGUAAACUGUAGAGUUUAGAUGCUAGAAAUAAUAUAAUAUAUGUAACUUAA